UUGAUCUUCCUAGCUAAACUGCUGCAGCCAUUUAUCCCACUUUCUCCUUAUCUCUCUCCGAUCAACUCUCUCCUUCAAUUCAAACCGCCAUUUAUCCCAGGCCACUAUCUCUCCUCCAUUAUAUUCUUAGCUUUUUAACUCACACUUCCUCGCAUCAAAUUAAAUCCCACAUUGCAUUAUUUUAUUAUCCUUCUCAAGAUCGAUCGAUCGAGCGAGCUCCCUUUUGCAUAGUCCAAAUCCAAAAUGCAUUCUUCUUUCUUCAUCGGAGUUUCCAAACUUUUUCUGUGCUUCACCUUUUUCUCUUCCACCCAUUUUUUCAUGGCUGCUUCGAAUGAGUUUGAUGUCGCCGGCGAGAAGGGUUGGGUUAUCCCUUCUGCGAAAGAUGAUCAGUUCUACAAUGAAUGGGCUUCCAAGAAUAGGUUUACAGUUAAUGACACCCUAAAGUUUGAGUACCAGAAGGAUUCAGUUAUGGUGGUGAGCCAAGAGGAGUAUGAGAAGUGCCGUUCGGAUCAUCCCAUGUUCUUCUCCAACGCCGGCAAAACGGUAUACAAGCUGGACCGGGCGGGCCUGUUCUAUUUCAUCAGCGGGGUUUCCGGCCACUGUGAGAGAGGGCUGAAGAUGAUCGUCAAGGUUUUGGAGUUAGAAACCCCACCUCCGUCAGAUGAUCAGACGCCCGGAAAUUCCCCUCCGGCGACCGGCGGUGCAAGAAAGUUGGGAGCUCUUGACCACGAUUCUCCGGCUCGGAUGGCUUUCUUAUUCAUGUCACUCCUUGGGACCAUUAUCUUCAUGUAAUUCAUUCUGGUUGGUUUAUGUUUAGGAAAUUGGAUCCUCAAAAUUUUUAUAUUACUGAUUUUAUUUAGUACUGAUAUUAGAUUUUGUUAAAGCAGUCUUUAACAAGUAGGUUGGAUUACAAUACUACAU